GCUGCUUUGAGUGUCCGUAUGCACCGCUGCUUCCUAUUUCCACCCCUGCGAGGCAGGCCAUUUGGAGCCAAAGUCCCUUCUGCACGAUUGCCAGCCGCAUAUUGGAUUUUGAACCCAGAACACAGCAGGCCACGUGGAGCAUUUGGACCCGCUUUUUUCUCCUGGUCCGGGUUCGAGUCCAGCAAGGCUGCCUAUCCCCAGCCCAGGAAUGCGAUAAGCGGCCUUUGGAUGCGAUAAGUGCAAACGUUGUCCUCCUGCAGAGUAUAAAUACCAGCGGAGAGAAGCAAACAAGCCUACUCGGGAGAAGCCAGCAGCCUGCCCAGCCAGCCCUUUGGGUCCAGUGGACAUCAUGAGGUUCGGCACCGUUUUCCUCGCUUUGGCCGUCUUGACAGGGUCGUACGCCUCUUUCCUGAGCGACGAGCCCCGCCGGCCCCGCUUGGAGCAGAUCCACGACACCAUCCGGGAAUACAUCGACAAGAUCUCCAAAAGCACCUCCGACAACUUGCAAUCCAUCCGCAACUCGGAGCUGGGCCGGGAGAUCAAUGCCCGCGUCUCCGACAGCCUGGCCAGUGCCCAGAGCUACCAGGCCGAACUGCAGAAGCAUCUCCCGCCGGUGGCCCAAGACCUGCUGCAGAAGAUCGUUGCCGACCUGAAGCAAGUGAACGAGAAGGUCCAGCCCUUCGCCGAGGACCUGAACCAGAAGAUGCAAGGCGGGGUGAGCCAGCUGCAGGAGCGCCUGGCGCCCUUCGCGGAGGACCUCCUGGAGCAGGCGGAGCAGCACACGCAGAGCCUGCGCCAGGCCCUGGCCUCCGGCACCGAGGAGCUCAAGGCCAACCUCCAGCGCAACGUGGAGGACCUCCAGGCCCAGCUGGGGCCGCUGGCCGAGGACAUGAAGGGCAAGAUCCAGCAGCAGGUGGAGGACUUCCGGCAGGGCGUGGAGCCCCUGGCCCAGCGGCUGCAGGGGAGCCUCUCCGAGGGGCUGCACCGCGUCCGCCACAACCUGCACCCCUACGCCGAGGACCUCCACCAGAAGCUGGUCCCGCUGGCCGAGAACCUCCAAGGGCAGCUCAGCGGCCUCUGGAGUGCCUUCCGGGAGAGGUUCCAGUGAGGCCCGUGGAGGCUCUCAAAGUGGGAUUGGCGGGUGGGGAGAAAUGAGACUUCCCAGCCGUGCCAAUAAAGCCACAGGCAAUGA